AUGUGGAAAAUUGCAUCCAUGUUGGUUGCUAUUUAUUGGUGCAAUUCUGCCAAUUCAUUCUACGGAUUCCCUUUGAUAACGGAACCCAAAAUAGUAUGGGACAUUCUGAAGGCCAAUUCGAGCAGUCUCCGGAGGCAGAAUCAGCAUCAGGAGCCACGUGUGUACCCGGGUGAGGAAUGUGAUCGACUGUGUGACGUUGAUGAACCUUCCAGAAUCUGCUACUAUCAUUGGGUGCUGGAAAAUUACUCCGCCAUGGGAUCAGCAUGCUGGGACUGCAUCCGAGGGAACCGAGCUCACUGCUUCCAUCCGCAAUGCGUCACAGCCAACGGAUUGGAGCGUAGCAUUGUGGCAAUCAACCGAAAGAUGCCUGGACCACCGAUUUUUGUCUGCCGAGGAGAUACCAUUGUGAUUGACGUUACGAACGCGAUGGAAGGUAUGUCCGCCACAAUACACUGGCACGGUUUCCAUCAGGUUGAAUCACCCUGGAUGGACGGCGUCCCGAUGGUGACUCAGUGUCCGAUAGCACCUAGUACAAAUUUCCGGUACAUGUUCAAAGCGGAAGAACCAGGAACUCAGUGGUACCAUUCCCAUUCCGGUUUGCACAUGGUCAACGGUCACCUUGGAGUGGCCGUAGUCAGAAACCCCCAUGAUAUCAACAUUGAACUGUACGACCAUGAUCUAUCGGAGCAUGUGAUUUUGAUAUCUGACUGGGCGCUCGAUUCCGCCAAUCGGUGGUUUCCGGGAUUGCAGAGCUCACAGAUGAAGGUUGACUCCAUUCUGAUCAAUGGUCGAGGAAGAUAUAGCAACGAAACAACAGGAGCCAUAGUGGAUUAUGCUCCUUUAACCGUAUUCCGAGUUCAGUCUGGUAAACGAUAUCGAUUUCGGUUGGUUAGCGGUGGCAGUCAGUAUUGCCCAUUUCAACUACAGAUCGAGAAACAUCAAACGUUGGUUAUUUCCACGGAUGGCGGACCAGUGAAGCCGCAUACAGUUGAUACGUUAAUUUCGAUUUCCGGUGAAAGAUACGAUUUUGUGCUUAAUGCGGAUCAACCACCAGGAAACUACUGGAUACGUGUCCGGGGCAUCGCAUUUUGCAACCAAAUGCGUGUGGAGGGACUCGCUAUUCUGUCCUACGCUGAUCCUGUCGUUCCUACCGAGAAGCUCAUGUUUCCGGAUCAUGAUCCACCAAACUACGACAGCCCAUAUCCGAUGGGACACACACUGAACCAUCAAAUGGCUGCAUGUUACACUCCCGGAGAUGACUUUACCUGUGCGGCAGACCUUGAAACCCACGAAGAUCUCCGAGACGACGACCUAAUAGACGCCGAACCGGAUAUACGACUAUUACUCGGGUUCAAAAUGAUAAAUGCAAAUAAUAGUUUGCUAUUUUCACCACCGUACCACCGGUUUGUUACCGUUCGCGAAGAUUUCAAUACUGUAGCAACCGCAAACAAUAUUAGUUUCAUUUCUCCCAGCUUCCCAUUACUGGUCCAACCGGAACUCAUCAUCAAUGAGGACAAACAAUUUUGCAACAACUCACAUCUGCCACCCGGCUGUGACAGGUAUCACCUUUGCUUCUGCACUCACCGAAUCAAAGUUAAGCUGAACGCAAUCGUCGAAUGGACACUUUACGACACAGCGCUGGUUGAGCAAGAUUUCUAUCAUCCUUUUCACAUCCACGGCCAUCGGUUCAUCAUCACCGAUAUGGGCAAACUUCCGGAGAGAGCCAAGAGCUCACGGUUGAAGUACCUACAGGAACGUCAAUUCACACGAAGACCCAACGGUCACAAUCCGCCCUAUAAGGAUACGAUAUCGAUCCCGAACGAGGGCUUCGUGAGGACACGGUUCAGGACCAACAAUCCAGGAUUCUGGUUUGUACACUGUCAUUUUGAAUGGCACCUCGGUACCGGCAUGGGACUGGUCCUGCAGGUAGGUGAGAUGGACCAAAUGUUGAAAGCACCAUCGGAUUUCCCGCGAUGCGGUGAUUACACAACGAAAAUACGGGGGUUGAACUGACAACUGACCCAUGCACGCACGUAGGACGACGAAAAUGUUUCGAGUGAGUGGAUUUCGU